AUGGAAUCUGCCCGAGGUCUUUACAAAAAUGACAUUGAUUUUGCAGCCUUGGCGCUGCAAUCGCGCGACUUCGCCAAGCACUUGAAAUUAAACGGACAACUGGAUUUUACUGAUCCAGCCGCUGUCCGACAACUCACCACCACGCUCCUGCAACAGGAUUUUCACCUGAAAGUUGAAAUCCCCGAGGACCGACUGUGUCCACCGGUCCCAAACAGACUAAAUUACAUCCUCUGGCUGCAAGACCUUCUUGACUCCACCGCAGGAGGACUGAAAGAGGGGUACGACCGAGACCGGGAGGUUGUAGGCCUCGAUAUUGGAACAGGAUGUGUUGGUAUCUACCCCCUAUUGGGCUGUGCCACACGGCCGGGGUGGAAAUUUCUAGCGACAGACAUCGACUCGAACAAUAUCCGCACCUCCCAGCACAAUGUGGCUUUGAACAACCUUGAAUCACGAAUUCAGAUUGUAAGUUCUGACCCCACUGGACCACUCUUUCCGCUGGAAAAACUAGGGCGUCAACGCCUUGAUUUCACAAUGUGCAACCCACCCUUUUACACCUCGUCCAAUGAACUCAAGCAAUCUGCUGAGCAGAAAGAACGAGAGCCCUUCUCUGCCUGCACCGGCGCCGAAGUCGAAAUGGUGACCCGCGGCGGAGAAUUAGCUUUUGUCAAGCAAAUGAUCGACGAGAGUCUCCGCCUGCGCGAGCGUAUUCAGUGGUACACAUCCAUGCUCGGAAAACUGAGCAGUAUCAAUGUACUUGUAGAGACACUGAUCAAGCAUGGCAUCACCAAUUUCGCAGUAACCGAGUUCGAGCAGGGAAGCAAGACGAAGCGCUGGGCCGUGGCGUGGUCAUGGGGAGACCGAAGGCCUGCCAUGAGCAUUGCGCGUGGAAUCCCUGGGUGUCCGAAGAGUCUUUUGCCUUUCCCUGCAGACUACACAUUCACACUACCAUCUGCCGCAUCUAUUGACACCGCUACUGCGACUAUAAAUGCAGAGCUCAGCUCAUUGCCUUGGUUCUGGGUUUGGGAUCAGACCCAUUCUGCGGGGACGGGAUUUGCUGCUGAGAAUGUGUGGUCGAGAUUCGCUCGACGGAAGAUGAAACUUGCCGGUGAAGAGGGUGCGGCUAAAUUGAAGGUGAUUCCCGCCCAGGUGGCGCUGGGAGUACGUCUGCAGAUAAGGCUGGUCCGAGGAGAGAAACCGGAGAAAAAAGAGGUGAAAGUUUUGGUCCGCUGGGCCCAGGGGACAGACACCGUCUUGUUCGAGAGCUUUUGCGGGAUGGUGAAGAGAAAGUUGGAAUCAAAAUAA